CCUCCAUCAGCUAAAAUGUCCCAUUUUGUGUUGUUCCACUGGAUAAUGAUACAGAGCUUUAUAGUGCAUGCCACAUCUGAAGCUGUCAUUAGAGGAGUAACAGGGCAAUCCGUUAAGUUGCCUUGCUUCUACAAGGUGGCACGACACAAGGACAUCUCCGAUAUGUGCUGGGGCAGAGGUCCAUGCCCGAAUUCAAAGUGCAAUAACAAAGUUUUGCACACCACUAGAAAUCGGGUGACGUACAGGAUAUCCCAGCGAUACAGUCUCCGGGGCUAUAUUUCCUAUGGAGACGUGUCUCUCACGAUUGCAGAUGUGCAGUCAGAAGAUGCAGGUACAUACUGCUGCCGCGUGGAGAUCCCGGGUUGGUUCAAUGACAUCAAACAGAACAUACAGCUGGAGGUGGACAGAGCCCCACCAGUGAUAACAACCACCAUGAGAAAGGUUCCUGUUUCUCCCACAGUUUUUAGGGAAGCAACAUCUGCUCUUCCAGCAACUUCUGAUGAUCAAACCACAGCAGAGACCCCGGUCCUCCUGACAACCACCGUCCCUGAAGCGACAACUGCAACCACUGGUUUUCCAGCAGUGACUACACCAGAGACCAUUGCUCCCCUAACAUUUGCUGUGACAGCAGAUAUGGUGACAACCAGUGCUCUCCCAGAUUUUUCAACUAGAUUCGAAGAAGUUGAUGUGACAACUGAAUAUGACUGUGUGUUCUGCUCUGAAGGGUCUGUCACUCUUACCGUCAGUAUGAAUGUGACUACCGAUUUCCCAAGCACGCUUCUGACUGCAGAGGGAACUAAAAGCACUAACACUUCUCUCAUGGUGGAAGAGGUGCCAACUGCAGGGAUUUCAUCAAGUUUAGAGGGCAUGGCUGAGAAACAUGAUGAUAAUGGAGAUAAGUUUCCCAUCUAUGUCUUUCUCAUUGCCUGCCUUGUUGUGGUGCCUGUUCUUUUCCUAUUGGUGCUCUCAUUGUUGCUUCGGAAACGACUGUGUCACCACGAAGAGACCAGGGACCAUGAGCUGGCGGGGAUGCAGGAGGAGGAAGACUGUGCAAAGAACCUGUUCACUCACUUGCUGCAGGUAAACACACAAAGAAGUUUAUUAUAAAAAGCCAUGGACCAGCAGAAGACCUUUAAAACAUUUUCAGUGGCACUGAAGGAGAAAACAACGUUUUCCCUGUGAAGAGCUCCUACAUCACCUAUAGAUGCCAUGGAAAAUGAAGAAGGUUCUGUUUCAUGCUUCAUUGAUAGAUACUUACAAGCCCCAGUCUAUCCAUGGGUGUAAACCAAAGGCCCAAGUUUCAGCUACAGAAAUUUAAAUCUUCAUGCAAAUUAUGCCAUGUUGCCUUUAAAAAUUAUUGCAUAAAAAAGCUUCUUUGAGAGGAACACCUAUGCAUUAUUCAUAGGUGUUUCUUGCAUCUGCCUUCUUACUACUACCAUGUUACACAACUGAAUUUGUUUUUCUCCAUUUUUACUAAUAUUCUUCCUUGAAUACAACUUAUACUGCGAGGAAAAGAAGAGAGAAAAAAUGAUAUGAAAUGCUGCCUAACUUCAAAUUGCCUAAAAAAGAAAAAACCAGCAAAUAGAGUUCUUACUGCUUUUAUGUAAUCAAGAGAAAAAUUAAGACACAAGAAUGCUGUGACUAUAAAUCAAAAUUGCAGAUUACUUAAGGGCUACCAGUGCUGCCUGUGAUUCAGCAUGUUUGGAUGACCCUUGGAGACUAUGUUAAUAAACUUUGUAAUUUACUGCUA